GGGAGGUGGGGCAUGGAGCAGGUGUGGAGUCCGCCGGCUUCUGCUCGCUGACUGGGGGGGCACUCGGUGCCGGUGUGCCGCGUCUCUGGCCGUGGCCUACCUCCGCCCUCACCCCUCCGGGGCUCAGGUGAGGGGCUCUGGGCUUCCCGAUGACUGCCUGGGUCAUCCUCCCCGUCAGUCUGUCCGCCUUCUCCAUCGCUGGUAUAUGGAUCGUAUAUGCCAUGGCUGUUAUGAAUCACCAUGUUUGUCCUGUGGAGAACUGGUUAUAUAACGAGUCUUGCUCUGAGGAAACUUCAAAGCAUGGCUAUCCAAAAAGUUGCUGUACUAUUCAGGAUAUCCCGCUUGUCAGUAAAUGUGGUUCAUAUCCUCCUGAAAGCUGCCUCUUCAGUUUAAUUGGCAAUGUGGGUGCCUUUAUGGUGAUCUUGAUCUGUGGUCUACGUUACGGUCAAAUUUUAGAGAAGUGCCGUCCAACAUGGAUCAACUCUGGAGCACUGAUUGCUGGUUGCAUUAAUGCAAUUGGCCUUGUCAUGGUUGGAAACUUCCAAGUUGACCAUGCUAAAAGCCUACAUUAUAUCGGUGCUGGAGUGGCCUUUCCAGCAGGCAUGGUCUUUGUCUGCCUACACUGCAUCCUGACGUAUAAGGUUGCAGUAUCACUUCUAGAUCACUGGACAGGCCACAUCAGGGUUAUCCUCACCAUACUGGCCUUAAUAUCUCUCGUCCUCAGUGGUAUAUUUUUUAUUCAUGAAAGCUCUCUGCUGCAGCAUGCUGCUGCCGUGUGUGAGUGGAUUUUUACAGUUGACGUCCUGGUUUUCUACGGAACCUUCUCCUUUGAGUUCGGUUCAAUCACCAAAGAGACAGUGCUGGCUAUUCUGAGGAGUGGACGCAGCAAGAGCUCCAAAUCGCUGGGCAGCAGUGCGCCAGCACACCUAAAUAAUAACCCAGAGAGCAUUGCUAUGAUUUAACCCACUCUGGUACUAGGCGGUCACUGUGAGGAGGUCUUGGAAGCUGAACGUCAGGGGCGCGUGGGAGGCUCAGCUCUACUUGGUUACCAGAAGUCAAGAUUUGACCCACAGCAACUUUGACCCUUUGUAUCUUGGUGCAAGUCUGCGAUUUAAUGUAAUACAACAGUGGCACAGACUCCUCAAAUCACAUUUUCAGACGGCUAGUUAUUCAUUAAGCUAAACUAAACGGGCCACUGGCAUUUCACAGAACAGCAGCCUUGGAUUAACGCACAGUGUCACAGAAGAUUGGGAGUGACAUCACAGGUCCUGUGUAGCUUAUUUUUUGUCAAGUGAUCCUUAAAUUUAAGAUGAGUACUUUUGGAUAUACAGUUUUCAAAUUCACUCAGGCCACUUCUUUUUCUUUGUAAAGUGUUUAAUUUUAAUCUAUCUAACCUAGAAAGUAGAGAGUUUGGGUCAAAUUCCAUGGAACCUAUACUAAAAGGAAUUGGCCAUACUCUCUAUGUAAUAUUCAAUAUUCUUUCAACAAAGAAACCAUAAAGUACCUUUGUC